AUGGGCACUACAACAUCUAGACGUCUAUUCAAUCCAAAACCGACCCCAGAUGCAGUUGUCAUUGACAUAGGAUGCGAUGAUCAGGGUACGUAUCUUUGCAAAGAUAAAGUGCUUCCAUGUCUGAAUGGCGGAGUUUGUGCAUUAUUUAUUUCGGACGUUGAAGACAGAUGCAUUGAACGCUGCAAAUGUCCUCAGGAUUACAUCGGUGACUAUUGCCAAUUUUAUGCUGGAUUCUAUUCUGCGACAAUCGGUUUAAUAGUUGGCUUAUUUGUUACACUCUUAGUUAUCCUACUGACAAUUAUCUUCAUUUGGUACUGUUGUGCAAGAAGGAAACGAAGAAAACAAGAAAAUCAAAAAGUUGAACGCCAAUCGCCUCGAGCGUGCCUGUCCAAUCGAAUUGAUCGUAAUAACAUGAUAUAUGGCAGUAAUCGUGUGAUGAAUAGUAGCGAUCUAACUGUUGGGAGUAAUAAUCCAGUGAACAGUGCAACGCCUUAUGCCAGCCAUCCUGAUCUAGCCUCCGCACAGAUACAAGGAUACUCUACUUCGCAAUCGUUUAGCGUGUAUGAAAAUGUUGCCUGGGGUGAAGAUGUUGAUCCUGCUAAAUCACUUCUAACCGCUCCAUCUUCAGUUUACACAUAUGGAAGAGGGGGACCAGUGAAUAAUAAUAAUAAUAAUAAUAUAGGUGACUGUAACCAUUCGCUUGAUGUCAAUAGAAUCGAUGAUAAGCAAGUGUCAAUUUCAAUUUCAGACUAUGGUGGUCUAUCGAAUACGCCAACAUCUGUGAUGCCUAUCCAUCGGUAA